GGGGCGAGGGUAGUGUAGUCAAUUCGUAUAUCAAAUCAUUAGGCCUUCUGUGAGAUGCCGAAGCUUUUGUCUCACAUUUGCAGUUGAAAACAAACAUCCAACCAACAUAAAUAAAGUAUGAGAGUGAAGUGAGAGAGAGAGAGAGUAGAGAGAGAAAGAGAGAGGAGAGAGAAAAUCAAAAGCAAAAGAAGGCAACCUCUCUCUUUCACGCUCUCGUGCUAACCAGCAUCACCAUUAAAAAAUAAUACUAAGCCAUUAAAAUAAGGAAGAACAAUCUCUCUCUCUGCAUAUUCCUUCACACACACACACACACACACACACACACACACACACACACACACACACACACACACACACACACACACACACACACACUAACACACUCGUAAGCGUACAGCGAACUGCAAUUGUUUGUGUUGCACCAUUAUUCAUUUGAAACUUGAAAAACCGUCGGUUCUUCUCAGUUUUUUUUUUGAAUGUCGGGUGGAAAUUCGGAGGCGGGGAUUUGAGAUUUGGUUGGAGAUUAAGUUGUGAAUUGAAUGGGGGUUUCACAGAGUGACGGUGGGAGAAUGGAGGGGUGGUUGUAUUUGAUACGCUCCAAUCGGAUUGGGCUUCAGUAUUCGAGAAAACGCUACUUCGUUCUUCAGGAUCACUUACUCAAGAGCUUCAAAUCUGUCCCAGUUUCCAUGGAUGAGGAUCCUGUUAGGAGUGCAAUUAUUGAUUCCUGCAUAAGAGUGACUGACAAUGGGAGAGAGAGCAUUCUGAGGAAGGUCAUUUUCAUUUUCACUCUUUAUAAUACUUCUAAUCACAGUGAUGAACUGAAGUUGGGAGCAAACAGUCCUGAUGAAGCUGCAAAAUGGAUUCAGUCCUUCCAGGAAUCGGCUUUAAAGCCAGAUCAGAAUCAAAGAGAUUUUGAAUUUGCUGCACGUGAGUUGCGGUCAUUAAGACUCAACGGUUCCAGUAAGCAUACCCAUUCCAUUGACUGGACAGUCUACUCAUCCUCAGUCAGUGAUGCGAUGACAUCUGAUGUUGUUGCACCAUCGGCUUGGAAAGUUUUUGGUUGCCAGAAUGGUCUCCGAUUAUUUAAGGAGGCUAAAGAUAAAGAAUUUCGUGAGAAGUGGGAUGACCACCCCGCAAUAAUGGCCGUUGGUGUAGUUGAUGCAACUUCAGAGGCUAUUUUCCAAACGCUCAUGUCUCUUGGUCCUUCAAGAUCAGAAUGGGACUUCUGUUAUUACAAGGGUUCGGUGAUUGAACAUCUUGAUGGUCAUUCUGAUAUAGUUCACAUGCUUCUGUAUCGUCAUUGGCUACCUUGGGGUAUGAAACGAAGGGAUCUUCUAUUACGGCGCUAUUGGAGAAGGGAGGAUGAUGGUACAUAUGUGAUUCUGUACCAUUCGGUCAUUCAUCACAAGUGUCCGCCGAAAAGACAUUACGUACGCGCCUGCCUCAAAAGUGGAGGAUAUGUUAUAUCUCCUGCAAAUCAAGGAAAUCGUUCUGUAGUGAAGCAUAUGCUUGCCAUUGAUUGGAAAUUUUGGAAAUCUUACGUACAGACAUCAGCAGCCAGAUCAAUAACAAUAAGCAUGCUGGGGAGACUUGCUGCCUUGCGGGAGCUGUUUAGAGCAAAAUUGGAUUGUUCAGCAUCUGAUUUCUCAUCAGGUGAGCUAAUGAGCAACAAUAGCACGCAGCAAACCAGAAAGGAAUUGAAAGUUGAAGUUCAAGCUAGAUUGGAGAAUGGGCAGAAUAGGAGGAGUAUGGAUGAAGAUAUGGUUAAAACACCUUCUGAACGCUCAAGUCUUGUGGGAUUAAAUGAUGCUGCAGAUGAAUUUUUUGAUGUUCCGGAACCUAUAGAAUAUGAUCAAUCAGAAAAUGGUUGGCCUUCUGAUUUUGCUCCAGACAGUUAUUCUCAGGAUGCACGCCAACCCAAACUGUCAAGUGCUGCCGUAUUUGUGAAAAGACUGCAUGAUCUUGCUGUUCAGAAGAAGGGUUAUGCAGACUUGCAUGAGGUGGCAAGGGAAGACAGUCUAUCAUGCAAAUAUGGAUACACUCUCUCAAAGGAUCCAACCUGUAAUUCUCUCUGCAGUUGGACAUCAACAGAUCCUUCGACGUUUCUGAUUCGUGGAAAAACUUAUUUGGAUGACAGAAAGAAGAUUAAGGCAAGAGGCACAUUGAUGGAAAUGGUAGGUGCUGAUUGGUUAAGGUCUGACAAGAGAGAAGAUGAUCUUGGGGGGCGCCCUGGGGGCAUAGUUCAGAAAUAUGCCGCAAAGGGGGGUCCAGAAUUCUUUUUUAUUGUAAACAUACAGGUCCCAGGUUCAACAACAUAUAAUCUUGCUUUGUACUAUAUGAUGAAUACUCCUCUAGAAGAAGCUCCUUUGCUCGAGAGCUUUGUCAAUGGGGAUGAUUCUUAUAGAAAUUCAAGGUUCAAGCUCAUACCGUACAUAUCUAAGGGUUCAUGGAUAGUGAAGCAGAGUGUUGGGAAAAAGGCAUGCCUCGUCGGUCAAGCAUUAGAAAUUAAUUAUUUUCGUGGGAAGAACUACCUGGAGCUUGGAAUUGAUAUUGGCUCGUCAACUGUUGCGAGGGGUGUGGUCAGCCUUGUAUUAGGCUACCUCAACAAUCUGGUCAUUGAGAUGGCAUUCUUAGUACAGGCUAAUACGCCAGAAGAGCUACCGGAAUAUCUUGUUGGAACAUGUCGUCUUAACCAUUUGGAUGUCUCUAAAUCGGUAUUGGUAAAACCGUAAUCCACUCUUAAGCAAAUAUCCUCUUUUUGUUUUUACUAUUACUAUUGCUCAUGAGAUGUAUAGAGAGUGAGUGAUGGCUCUGAUUGUACAUGCAUGGUGUUCUUGCUAUUUGCAAUUCUUUUCAUUCAAACCAAGUGGAAAAUUUCAUUUAACGAAAACAUAGCCGAUUUUGCGAAUUAUUUGAUGUACACAUAUAUAAAAUGUUAGGGGCAUACUGAAAAGAAAGAAAAAAACUUGAUUUGUGAUAGUCUUGAUUAGAA